CAUAAGGCUUCGUCAGCUCAGCAUAGAGCAGUAAUGGCAGAAAAAAGACUAUUGGCUAUCUUGGCCAGUGCAAAAAGGGCUGUGAGAAAAAAGAAUUUUGCAGCAGGAAAUGCAGCUAUAGGAAUUCAGAAACAGGAAACAGAUGUGUGGCCUAUUGCUCAGGAGAUCCUUGUUCAUUUACAGCAACAGUCCUUCAGUAUCUACAGUGGGCUAUACUCAGAUCAUGGAGGCUGGGAACUGCACACACCUCUCUUAGAUGCCCUUAAUCUAGAACAUUCGUCAAGUUGUCCAUCAUUUGGAAGGUUACAGGGUUUAAGACAAUUAUCAUUGGGUCACAGUCAGUUAGAAGGAGAGAAACAUUCAUCAUCAACUGAAGACAGAAGGACACAGAAAACCAGCAACAGGAACAGCUCCCAGGAAGCCGUUGAAGAGCAAAGAUUAAGCCCAGAAUCUGAAGCACAGACUCCAGCAUCUGCACUAUCGGACGACGAAGAUUACGCCCCGUGUUCCUCCCUUCGAACUUUGCUGAACCAAUUUGUUUUGCCAAGGGCCAACCCAUCUUGCCCUUCCCUUGGUUCUCUGACUCGCAGUCCACAUUGUAUCAUAGCUCCCACCAUGCCCACCCUGCCUGAGGAGGAAGAAGGAGGCGAGGAUCAGGAAAGAAUGCAGAGUUCUUCAUCCAGUAUUCUAGGAUCUGAUCCCAGGAUGAGUGAGACACCAGCAAUAGUGCUGCCUGACAUCACCAGUUCUCCAGACAGGGAGUUGGAUCAAACAUCACAGAUAAGAUCCCAUAGUCCUAUUCAGAGACGGUCAAGCAGGAACUCCAGAACCUCCUUCUCUUCAACAAGUUCCCUGACCUCUGUUGAUGGUGAUGGCCAUAUCUAUGAUCUUGUGAAUGACAAGUUACCAGAAGUGCAGCUUUCAGAUGAAGAUAAGAAGAAAAAUGCUGAAUUGCUGGAGGAAGCAAAGAAGAUCAGUGAGAGGUUUCUCACACGUCGCUGCCGCCGUUCCAGAACCAGCACUUCUGACUCUCCGCCAGCACUCACUCCAUCACGGACACCAAUAGCUUCCCCAAGCCCUUCCAGAAGUAACUCUGUGACUAUACAACCACAGAUCGAUCCAUCCACUGCAAACUGUGUAGGAACAAUGGUUACAACUUCAACUCAAGCAGGGGAGAAACCUCCUCCAUCACCCAACAGAGAGAAAGAAAUGAAGCUUUUGGAAGUCCCUGGUACAAGAGAACAGGACAUUCAAUUACAUUCUGAGAAGCACACCAGAAAAUUAUCUCCGACCAGAAAGACAGUGGAAGCCAGAAAGUUAUCCCCAGCACCAGUGAGUUCCCAAGUCCCUCCUUCUGCAAAUUUUUCAGAGGCAUCAAUGCAACCUGUUUCCCUGGGAACUGAUGUCUGUAGAGAAUCCAAGCCAAUGGAAAAGAGUGACCAUGUCAAAGUAAAUCUCAACAUAGAUUCCAAUGGGGCAGUACAUACUUUGGGUAGCCCUACAAAGCUGGGAACUCCAGAGUACAAGGAAUUUCCUUUAAGGCCCUCUCAACCUCUGGCUUCUGAAUUAGCCACUCCACAGCCUGUCCCUGAACACAUCGAGCAGACUGUUCCUCGCUCCAGAAUGCCCUGCAGGGCUGAAAUCAAGUCGUUUAGCUCACAGCCUUUGUUGCGCGCCAUUUCCUGGGAAUGUUUGGAGGUCGAUGAGGAACUAAGCUCACCGCCACAAUCACCCCCCAAGGCAGCGGAGAAAUUUGGGUUCAGUGAAGUGUUUGACGCCAGUCAACUGAAAGCAUCCAACUGCAAAGACUCAUCGGCGCAACCGAAGAUGCAGAAACUUGCCAAGCUCCGGGAGGAAAAUAAAAUGAUGAGGAACCAAAACCUGUCAGCAUUGAGAUUACCGGAUCUCAGUGAAACAAUCGAACAAGACAGAGGUCCAUCUCCUAUUCCCUGCCCAGCAGCUAAUGGGAGUAAAGGCAAUUCUGACAUCACGCCAAAUAUCCCAGACUCUCUGUUGAGGAAGUUGAAGGUUCACAGGUCACUGCCUGGAGGUCCGCCUCCCCUGACUGAGAAGGAAAUUGAGAAUACAUUUAUACAACUCUCCCUGGCGUUUAAGAAUGAUAGCUAUACAUUAGAAACAAGGCUGGGCCUGGCUGAAAGAGAGCGAAAUCUUGCUGAGGAAAAUACAGAAAAGGAACUCGAAAAUUUCAAAACAGAGAUGAAGUCCUCAACUUCACUUUGGGUACACCCUGACCAACGAGAUGCUCAGCAGAGGCUCCUCGAGACCAUCACUGUCCUCCAACGGUUGGCUAUCAGGCUCUCCGGUCGAGCUGAAAUGGUGGGGGCUGUUCGUCAGGAGAAACGAAUGUCCAAGGCCACGGAGGUGAUGAUGCAGUAUGUGGAGAACUUAAAGAGGAUGUACGAGAAGGAUCAUGCUGAGCUAACAGAAUUCAAGAAGCUGGCCAAUCAGAAUUCAAACCGUACCUAUGGCACAUACGGAGAUAGCAGUGAUGACGGAGUUCCCAGAACAGCCCGAUCAAUGUCACUUACAUUGGGAAAGACUGUACCUCGCAGGAGGGUCAGUGUAGCAGUGGUUCCAAAGUUUAUUAACUUUCCUGGGCAGCCUGCCAUUGUCACCAUGGCAGAAACAACUAACAAUGCCAGCAGCUCCAGCACUGUCACUACCACCACCAUCGGUCCCAGUAGCUCCAGCAGCCUCAAUGCCAGCAGCUCCAGUGGGAUUAAUAUGUAUCCCAGUCCGACACUGGCUCCUCUCGCCGAACACGGGAAGCAGAAUGCUGAUAAGGAGAAUAAAUGUCCUACUCCAGGCAAAGUCCAAUCGGUCAAGGUCGAGAUAACCAGCUCAGAGACAAAAGCCAAGAUUGAAGAGGAAGCUUACAAUAAAGGUUACCAAGAAGGUUUGAAAGCCCAACUCAGCCAGGAACAGAAGGAGUUGCAUGACAUCCCUGAGAAGGUAGAGGAGCACAAUACAGAGAAACAACCAGAACUCAACUUCAAAGAAGAAAGGAAAUGCAGUAAGUUUGAAGAAGUUUCAGAGCUGAUUGACAGACUGUGCCCGAAGUGUUUGAGACAUCGCAGUGCAAUCUGGAUUGUGGGGGCUGUGGUCCUAUUCUUUGCUGUUCUCAUCAGUAUCUUCAGCUCCAUCCAUUAUCCGUGCAGUGAUCUAUCGGACACUCCAAACAGGAAGAGCAGCUGCUCGGCAGUGCAGAAAUAUCUCUGGCCCUUCUCAGGAUCACGACACAAGAAUCGAGCACAGGUGUAAGGGAAAGUUUGAAUUUCUGGGGGAGCGAGAGCACAAAUCAUUCCACAAUCAAACACCAGGGAGACAGCUUUCACAAGACUUCCAAAGGCGUGUGAACACAGGCAUUUAUAGAACCAUCGUCGCUUGAACCAUCCACCAACACAGUGACCAGCUGCUAACUUACAACUAGGAACAGCAUAGUUUACAUAGCCCUCUAAGAUAUUCAAAUUAUUUAACUGUUUUAUCCUAAAAGGCAUUUAAUCAUUUGAUUGUUUCUGUGUUUAAAUAUUGAUUAAUGGGUGUAAGUAAAUAUUCAUACUUCUGAACAAUCUUGUUGCAAACUGUUUCCUAUUUUACUUCUGUUAGCUGGAAGACAAAUCAGGUGAUUUUUUAAAUUUUAGUUAUAUUGUUUCUAUUGUUCCGACCUGAUUUUAAUUUUUCAUGACAAAUUACCCAAAAUAGGACAGGCCAACACUGGUUGUGAUCAAACUCUACCAUGCUCUAGCCAGCCCCACCUUGGACCAUUGUGUCAUGUGCCAGUAAUGGAGACAAUGGAACAACAUUCAUACACUGGAGGCAGAGCAGAGAAGGAAUGCAUAUCUAAGAGCAUCAAAGGGUCAGAGUAAUGAAAAUACUGGAAAGACAGUUUUGAAAGGAGAGAUCUGAGAAGUGAUCUUAAACAGUUUAUUAAAAUAAAUAAAGACUGCAAAUUAAACCAGAAGAGCCGGAUAAGGGAGAACAAAUUCAAAUUAAUUAAUAAAAGGCAAGUUCAAGCUAAUCAAUGGCAAAUCCAGCUCUUUUUUCUUUACACGUGGAAUGAAAGCUUGGAAAAGGGAGUGGGAGGUAACAACCGAGAGGCAGUUUAGGGAUAGAAGCAUUUUCAUUGAUGGAUGAGGAGAAUCUCUUGAUGAAUUGAUGUUCAGAGAGACCUUCCACACUCCCUACGGUUUUUGAACCUUCACUUUUAAUAAUUAUUUCAAGAGUGAGGAAUUUCACCUGUUAGUACAUUGCAACGUGAAAUUCGAACUGUUGUGCCUCUUAAGAGGGACAUGAAACAAUAAACAGAAAAAGGAAAAUAAGGACUCAAACUGAAAUCUCCAAAGAAUCAGAUCUGCUCUGUCAUCUCCUAUCCAGGCUCACUUUCUCCUCAGAUUUUUAAUCUAGGUUACAACAUUCACCCUCUACUCCUUCUACUACCCUGACAUUUAGAACCUGAAUGUUAGUGCAAGUUGCCGCUAUCUUCACUGCCUCACAUAGAUCCAUCCUGAAUGAUAUACCCCUUCCUCACCUGAGCAUUCCCAAUUGGAGAUUCAACAGAUCGGGGGCAUUUACCUCAUCUCUUGCCACAGCUAUUUAGGAAGAUCAGUGUGUGAAGAAAGAAUCUGGAGGAAUCCAGCAGAGAUUUCAACCCCAACGUUUGCCAUCUUUUGUGAUCAGACAAUUCAUUUUUAUAAUGAUCUUGCCUAAUUCAGGGGCAAACCCACAAGUAAUUUUGCACCUUUGUUUUAUGGUUUUAAAAAUCAUCAUAGAAGCAAGAGAAGAGGCUUAGGUGUUGGCUGAGAGGCAACUGUACAUAAAUCCACCUUUUUGUUAUUCAUUCAUUUGAUGUGAGAGUUUCUGGCAAAGCCAACAUUUAAUCCCAGUGAGAAAGUGGUGCUAGCUGCCAUCUUGAACCACUGCAGUCCACAUGGUGUAGGGACACAUGAAUACUGUUGAGCAGGGUAUUCAAGAAUUUUGACCCAGUAACAGGGAAAGAAUGGCAAAAUAUUUUGAAAUCAGAGAGGAUGCCUUACAGGAAAACUUACAGGUGGUGGUGUUCCCAUUCAUCUGCUACAAGGUGGUAGAUGUGGGUUUGGAAGGUGCUGUGAAGAAGCCUUUAUGAUCUGCAACACUGCAUCUUGUAAAUGGUACACACUGCUGCCACUGAGUGCUAGUGAUGGAAGGAGUGCUCUUCAAGUGGGCUGAUAUGUCCUGGGUUGAUGACAACUUCCCAAGGGUCAAUAGGACUACACUCAUUCAGGCAAGUGGAGAGUAUUCCAUCACACUCCUGACUUGUGCUAUGUAAAUCGCGGUCAAGCUUUGAGGAGUCAGGAGGAGAGUUAUUUGCUGCAGACUUCCCAACCAUUGAUCUGCUUUUGUAGUCACAAUAUUUACGUGGCUGGUCCAGUUAAAUAUGUUGAUACAUUUUGUAUAUGUUCUCAGCUGUCCUGGAUUAAUUAAUGGAAAAUUUAAAUAAUAGAUAGCUAAUAUUAUGCUGAACUGAAUCUUACACAAAAAUUAAAAAUGCCAGAUUAAUAAUUGUGUGCAGUGACUGCGAUGGUAAUGUCCUUAUUCUAAGAUAAUAAGAUAAUACUUAAAUUUAAUAGGCCUGUUGUAAAGUGCAAUAUUUAUGAGCAGUGGAAUUGAUUGGGCGGGGUCCUCCACCAAAGCACUGAGAACAUAUGAAAGUAACACAAUAAUAUUCUUCCUUCAUGUCUGAAUGUUAUCAUAUUAUAUCAAUAUCCAUGUAAAGAUUUGCACGUUUAAGCUAACACAAUGUACUGUAUAGUCCCACAUACUUGAUUUUGUUAAAAUAAAGUUUACCUAAAAUGUCUCUGUGUAACUUGUUUGACAAGAGAUCUUUUUCCCAUUUAGAACCUUAAGGAUUUAUAACAGUAGGAGUUGUCAGCUCAUUGCAUUUGUGCCAAUUCUUUGCUACAUCAAUAUCAAACUGAAUGGCAUAGCCAAUUAGGUAGUGGUUUAUACAAACUGAUGUUACUGUCCUGCUCUCUCCUGAAGAACUUUACAUGAAUCCAAAACUAACUCUGCUGCCCAGCUGUCUCCCUGUAGUCCUGGUCCCACUGAUCCCACUGUUCCUGUCUCUUCCUAUAGCCCUCCUUCAAUUACACACUAUUGCUACCACUCCAUCCCGAUAGUUUUAUGUCCUCUUACUUUUUCUUAAGUAACUAUCCAGUUUUUCAUUAAAAGAUACAUUGAUCUUUGCAUCAUACCUCCCCUUGGUAAAAUAUUCUGUACUCUGACAGCCUUCUGUGUAAAUAACAUCUCACAAAAUGCUAUCCUCAGUCUUUCAAUAACAACUUUAAAGUGAUGACCUCCUCAGCACUGACUCCCCAACCAGAAGAAACAAUCUUUCCUGUACCCACUCUGAAAGUAUGUCCAGCCAGUCCUCAUGCCUCCAAAGUAACAUCUAGGUAAAUCAACCACUUUGCACUAAUGCGAAAUCCAAAACUGCACAUAGUUUCUAACUGUGGUUUAGUGGUUUGUACAAAGUUAACUAUUUCUUCUUCAAUUUUGUAUUCUAUGCCUCCAGUUGUAAAACCACAUUUUCUACUGGUCUUUCAAUGAAAGGUAUUUUAUACGUAGUCAUUGGAUGUGUGGGUCACUUGCCAGCUCAGAUUUAUUGCCCAUUAUUAUCUAUCCUGGAGAAGGUAGAGUGAGCUACCUGGAAAUGCUGCAGUCUUGGUGUUUAGAGACACUCAGAACUGUUAGGAAGGUAAUUCUGGAAUUUGACCCCAUAACAGUGAAAGAACAACAGAAUGUUGUGUGGAUUGUAGGGAAAGUUGCAGGUGAUUGUUUUCCCUUAUAUGAUCUGCCCUUGUCCUUCUAGAUGAUAGAUGUUUUGGGUUUGGAAGAUGCUGUUAAAGGAGCAUUGGUGAGUUACUGCAGUGCAUCUUAUAGAUGGUACACACUGUUGUGACUGUAUACCAGUGGUGAUGGGAUUAAAUAUUUACAAUAUUGGAAAGUGUGCCAAUUAAGCAGGCUACUUUAUCCUGAGUAGAGUUGAGCUUCUUGUAUGUUGAUGGAGUUGUAUCAAUCAGACAAGUGGACAAAAUUGCAUCAUACUUCUGACUUGUGCAUUGUAGUUGAUGGAUAGACAUUGAGGAGUUGGGAAUUAGUUGCCACAGAAUUCCUGGUUUCUGACUUACUCCUACAGCCACAGUAUUUGUAUGGCUACUCCAUUUCAGUUUCUAAUCAACAGUAACAUUGAUAGUGGAGAAUUCAUUGAUGGAAAUACCAUGGUGCAUUUCUUACCCAAAGUGCAUUAUAUCCAAGCAAGUAUAUUUGAAAUGAAUUUUAGUGUUGGAAAUGUGGCAGCCAAAGUUUACGUGACAAGCUCCCAAAAAUUGUACUGUUCCAAUCAAGUGAGCAGGAGUAAAUCAGUUCCCCUCUUGUCAAUCUCAUCCAUUAGCAAUAUCAAAGAUUUAUAUUCUUUUUCACACAAGGUUUAGCAAAUUUUAAUUAGAAUGAAGUUAACUAGUGGUCCAGAAACAAAAAGAAUCUAAAUCACAGGUCUUCUUGAGUGAAAGGAAGUAAUUUAUCUGGCUAACCCUGAAAAAAACAAAAUAUUAAAGCAUAAAUACGCACCUGUACAAAGUUAAAGAGGGGUUGUGCCCAUUCUAAAACAGAAAUAAAAUAAUUCACAGUUUACAAUUCUUAGGGUGUCCACUUAUAUGAAAGAUUUUAAUCUGGGAUCAAAUUUAUUUGAUUGAUGACUAGUGUCCUCAACAGUAGUGAAUACUUUCUCUUGUCUUUUAAAUUUUCUUGUUCUGAUGUUUCAUUUCAAUCAACUCAACAACUGGGUAUUUUUCAUUCUUCAGAGGCUGAGAAAUCACUUCCCUUACCUUUUGGAGAAGCCGGUGUUGGACUGGGCUAUACAAAGUUAACAAUCACACAA